GAUUUCACCGUGGGGAAAGUGUGCCAGUGAUGUCGGCUCGUGAGUCACGGUCGCUGGGCAAUGUGCCCUCUUUUUCGGGCGUCUGCACGACCCUGGGCACCCUGCUCUUCCUGCUGCUGAAUCUGUUGCUGGUGCGGCAUUUGCUGAAGCAGAGGAGACCCCGCGGUUUCCCGCCCGGACCCGCCGCCCUACCCCUCAUCGGAAGCGUCUUUUCUCUCGUCACCGAGCCGCACGUCUUCAUGAAAAAACAGAGUGAAGUUCACGGGCAGAUUUUCAGUCUUGAUCUUGGUGGUAUAUCAACUGUUAUCGUGAAUGGGUAUGAUGCAAUCAAGGAAUGCCUUGUUCGUCAGAGUGAUAAUUUUGCAGAUAGGCCAGCUCUACCUCUCUUCAAGAAACUGACAAACAUGGGAGGGUUAUUGAACUCCAAAUAUGGUCGUGGUUGGACUGAUCAUCGUAAGGUUGCCGUGAAUUGCUUUCGUUGCUUUGGACCUGGUCAGAAGAGCUUUGAAAACAAAAUUUCUGAGGAAUGUUUGAUUUUUUUGGAUGCUGUUGAUACCUACAAAGGAAAGCCAUUUGAUGCCAAAUGCCUUGUAACUAAUGCAGUUUCCAACAUCACAAACCUGAUUAUAUUUGGAGAGCGUUUCACAUAUGAUGACACUGAUUAUCAGCAUAUGAUUGAAAUAUUUAGUGAAAAUAUUGAAUUGGCAGUCUGUGUCUGGGCAUUUCUGUACAAUGCUUUCCCUUGGAUCGGGCUCCUGCCAUUUGGAAAACAUCAGCGUUUGUUCAAAAAUGCGGCUGAAGUGUAUGACUUUUUGCUAAAGAUUAUACAGCGUUUUUCCCAAAACAGAACCCCUCAAAAACCCCGGCAUCUCAUUGAUUCGUAUCUUGAUGAAUUGGAAAAGAAUAUUAAUGAUCCUGAAUCUUCCUUUUCAACAGAAAACUUAAUUUAUACUGUUGGAGAACUCAUUAUAGCUGGAACUGAGACUACAACUAAUGCACUUAGAUGGGCGAUAUUAUACAUGGCACUGUAUCCAAACAUUCAAGAAAAAGUGCAUCAGGAAAUUGACACUAUUGUGGGAAAAAACCAAAUACCUUCCCUGGAAAACAAAUCACAGAUGCCAUAUACAGAAGCAGUAUUACAUGAAGUUCUGAGAUAUUGCAACAUAGCUCCACUUGGUAUCUUCCGGGCAACUACCAAGAACACUGUUGUUCGAGGCUAUUCCAUUCCAAAGGGAACCACAGUUAUAACAAAUCUUUACUCUGUACAUUUUGAUGAAAAAUAUUGGAAUACUCCUUAUCUAUUUUGUCCUGAGAGAUUCCUAGAUAAGAAUGGGCAAUUUGUAAAGAAAGAAGCAUUUGUUCCAUUUUCUGUUGGUCGAAGACACUGUCUUGGAGAACAAAUUGCAAGAAUGGAGUUAUUUCUAUUUUUUACCAUGCUGUUACAAAGAUUUCAUAUUCAUUUUCCACCAGGAACUAUUCCAAAUCUGAAACCUAAAUUGGGAAUGACAUUACAGCCUCAUCCAUAUCUUAUCUCAGCAGAAAGGCGCUGAUAAGAGAAUAUUAAAAUAGUUACCUAUCAAAAUAAAUCACUUCAUUAUGGUGGGAAAGGAGGGAAUCUACAACUCCUAAGAAUCAGGAAUAUCCACAUUCUAUUUUGUAUUACCUAAUCUGUGCCUUAAUCUUAUUUUGUAAACAUGAUAAAAUGAGACUGUGUGGGACAAAGAGGAUUUAAAGGGAUUUCACAAGUCAAAUGAGUGGGCAAAUAUGUGGCAGAUAUGUAUAACAUGGAUAAAUGUAAAGUUAUCCACAUUGGUAAGGAAAACAUAAACCCAGGUUUAACAUAAACCUGUUAAAUGAUGACAGGUUGGGAAAUAUUAAUGUGAGGGAACCUGGGUGUACUGAAAACAAACAUGCAGGCAUGGCAAGCAUCAAGAAAACAAAUCACAUAUUGACCUUUUUUUGCAAGAUAUUUUGAGUACAGGAGCAAGGAUGUCUUAUUACACUACCUUGGUGAGACCACACCUGGAUUAUCACGUGCAGUUUAGGUCUCCUUACCUAAGAAAGGGUAUGCUUACUGUAGAUGCUGUGCAGAAAAGGUUCACAACACUGAUUCCUGACAAUGGCAGGACUGUUGUAUGAAGAGAUUUGAACAACUAGGCCUGUAUUCAUUAGAGUUUUGAAGAAUAGGGGAUGAGGGGGAAUCUCAUUGAAACAUAUAAAAUCAUGAUGGGCUAGACGGUCCAGCUGUGGGGUCUGGAUAGAGAGAUCACAGGAUGUGGAGUAAGACAGCCAUGAUUGAGAUGGGAAAUUUCUUCGUUCACUAGAUGGUCAACCUCUGGAAUUCUCUAUAAUAGACGGUACUGGAAACCAAGCCACAGGAAGCAGGUAGGUUUCUAGACAGAGAAGACAUCAAGGAAUGUGGAGAGAGAGCGGGAAUAUGGGAUUGAGAUGGAGGGUCAGCUGUGAUUGUAUUGAAUUGCAGAGCAGACGGGAAGAGCUGGAUGUCCACUCCUGCACCUAUUUUCUGUGUUCCUAUACCAUAUUAUUUCCCCAAAAGCUGAGAAUUAGAUUCAUACAAUAUAGAAGAUUGGCAUUUUCUGAGAACUAUCCAAUUCAUUCUAUUCUGCUGCUUUUACACAGAGCCCUGCAGAUGUCCCUUCUUAAUAUCCUUCUAUGUCCAAUUCUCUUCAGGAAAUUAAUAAUUGAAUCUGCUUUCACCAAUUUUUCGGGCAUUCUAUUCCAAUUCAUGAAUAUCUGCUGUGUUAAAUAAUUUCCCCUCAUUGCCCACUGGAUUCCUUUGCCAAUUAUCUCAAACGUGUCUCAUUAUCAAUCUUUCUGCAAGUAAAAACUUCACAAUUCUUACUCUGUCAAAUCUCCUCAAAAUUUUGAACGUCUCUUUUAAAUAGCCCUGCAACCUUUUCUGUCCAGGAAAAAUGAUCCUGAAAUAUUCUUCCUUGUAACUAUUGUCUCUUAUCCCAGACAUCACACUAGUAAAGCUCCCUCACAUUCUCAGGACAACAUAAAUUCUAAAUUUCAGUGCCCAAAAUUGGACAUAAUACUCCAAUUGAGACCUGGAUGAUGAUUUAUGUAGGAUAGCAUUCCUUUCUUGGUUUCCUAUGCUGUGCCUGUAUUUAUAAACUAAGGAUCCUGUGUGUUUUUAUUUAAAAAUACUCAUCAGUCAUUUAUUGCUCUUUCAAAGAGCUAGCAAUAAUCUUAUGAAAAAAAUGACUAUUGUUCUAUAUUGUAAUUUUUUUUAUUAAACUGUAUGGGAAAGGAUCACAGGAACUGCUGUGACAGGAGACCAAGCAGGUGUGGGAAGAGUGCUGCCGGCCGGCCUCUCUGACUUCAUGAGUGGGUGAGUUUGCUCAGCGCUCCCAGUCGCCAAUUGUUGUGGCUCGGCUGGGGAGAAAAGGCACCUGGAAGUGCCCCAUUGCCACCUUGCAGAAGAUGCCUGUAGCCCUACAGCAGCUGGAAAAUCCAUCCGCAUCCAGUCCACCAGUCUCCCAAACACUAAUCCAUAUGGAUGGGAUGUCCAUAAGUAAGGCAUUCGUAACCCGGGGAGGACCUGUACAUGAAUUCCUGAGUACAGUAAAAUUCCAAUCAUCCAUCAUCUGGUUGUUCAGAAUUCCGGAUGCUGGCAUCUGGCUCCCUCGUUAAUCUAGAAUGUGAGCCAGGGAUCCAGAGUGCAAGUGGUGUGCGGCAAGACCCAGGGGUCUGGAAUGUGGCUGGGGCCAGGGUCUGGACCGUGGGCCAGAGCUAGGGUCAGGGUUGAGAAUGCAAAAGGGCUGAAGUUGUGGGAAGGUUUGCAGAUGGAGCCAGAGGUCAGAGUGCUUGUAUAUCACUGGGGUCACUGGAAAAUUUGUUAUACUUCUGUGUAACAUGUGAAGGAAGUUUAUGGGGUAUUAACAGGAGUAGAGUCCAAUAGUUCAGAAAAUCCGUAGGUCCAGCAACCAAACUCCCUAACGUGCUGGAUUAUUAGACUUGCACUGUAUCUGUCUUUUGGCACUCCCUUCAAAAUUAAACUACUAUGUUUACAUUGUCUUUCCUUGAUUUCUGUCGCAAAUGAAAUACUUCAUACUUUAAAAUAUUUUAGCAUGACUGAUGUACAGUGGGAUAUUGAAAUUAAUAGCUGCAUUGCUGAACUUAAUGUAGAUUCUGGAAAAGUUGACAUUUUUCUCUCUUUAAUCAUUUUAACUAAUGUAUGUGAUUAACUACCAAGCCACUGCCAGCUGUGGUAUCAAUUACCGGAGAAAUUGUAAGACCAGCCUAAAAAUACUAAAUAUCCUUCCUUCCUUUAUAUGAGGAAACAGUUUCUUUUGUCAACCCAAUGAAGGGAGGAUACUAAUCAAACGUAGAAAAGCAAUGCAUUCUUAUUCAGACUCACACUUCCAGUAGAAGUACCUAUAAGUUUUCUGGAACAGUGUAUCUUCUGUUGAAUUGUAGUUAUUAAAAUGUUCAUUGUGCAGUUCUGCUGUAUUGUUUCAGACCAUGUUGUUCAAUAAGUUGUAGUAAAAACAAGAUAAAAACAGUCAGUGUUCAUUUACAGUAUGCACAAAAUGUUUGUACUAAUCAGGAAUUUUAUAACUUUUUGAGCUUGUUAGCACUGAUGUUAAACUCAUUUUGUAUAGUUACUUCAUUUGUUAGUUAUAUUUUGCAUUAUCAAAUGCAUUUUAUAAUCAUUUUAAUUUAUGGUGAGAUCCAAGAGCAUGAGUCUAUGAAGGAUAAUGUGGUCUUAAAUCUCAAUAUACAAGUAUAGAGUUGCAUUCUGCACAAGACAUGAACCAUUACAUUGGGUACUUUGGAAUUAACCUUUCAUCAAAACAAAUUGAUUAUUUAAAAUGAACGUAAACUGAGAUGUAAAGUUAUCAACAGAGACUAAGGACAUGAAGCACAGUGAGGUCACACAAUGCAAAUGCAAUUCAAAGGCAGAUUUAGUUUUAAGAACCAGUUGGUUGAAAGGAAGAUGAAAAUAUGUAUGUAUACGUGGGAUUUAGACUUGUUCUUCCAAAAGAUAAACAAUAACAUGAAGUCGAAUAGCCAUUUGAUAUGUUGAAUUCAAUAACUGCAUAAUUUUAAGCCUUUUAGUAACUUUUUUGACCUAAAUGAUUUUACUUUGAAAAGUAUUACAAUUUAACUACAUAAUAUAAAAAUAUAUUGAAGUUAUUCAUA